CGGUGAGGCGACGAAGAAGCUGCAGAGUCUAACAACAACAAAACCAUGAACGAGAGUGAUAGUAAUAGUGAUGGUGAGCUUUCCAGCGCUGUGAGCAAUGCUCUUCUUGCCCUAUAUCAACGCCACAAUGUGCCGCUGGUCGCGCAGCCGAUAGCAGGCGUCGGAGAGAAUGCCUACGGUCAGGUCUUGCUAGUGAGUUGGCCAACAGAGUCCAAGGCGCAGAGGGUGGUGGUCAAAAUGGCGCCCAAGAACGAGGCAAGACGACAGCACAUGCACGUAGUCGACUUUUAUGCCCGGGAGGUGUUCAUGUACCAGAUCGUGCUCCAGAGCUACCGAGAAUUGGCGGACGACCAUAGUACCUUCACAGUAGCACCUGCACUGCUGGCAUCCGGACUGCAGGCGCCCGACGAGUUCCUGAUCUUCGAGGACCUGUCCCAGAGCGGCUUUCAGACAAACCCACGCAGCUCCAUGCCCACCUACGACAUGGUGGUGGCCACGCUCAAGGCGGUGGCGGAGCUGCAUGCGUGCUCCUUUAUCCUACAGCAACGGAAUCAGACAAAGUUCCACGAAUUGGUGGAUCAUGUGCGGCAGGACAACCUAUUCACUGCGAACGUUGAGACGGUGACGAUCGAGUUUGGCAAGGCAAUGCUCCGGCGCACUCGCCUCAUGCUGGAGCAGGUCAACGCGGAGGACGAUCACGCAACUGCUAUGAUGGAGGUCCUGGAACGCUGUGAGAGGAACCUGAAGGCCCUGGCACUGUACUGUGUGGACGGCGCAUCGCAGUCGCCUCACGCGGUCAUCUGUCACGGCGACUUCUGGAACAACAAUAUUCUGUACAGGCACGAGCCUCACUCCGAUAUGGCGAUGGAGGCCAAGCUCAUUGAUUUCCAAAUGUCUCGCUUUGCCCCGCCGGUACUUGACCUUGUCCACUACCUAUUCGCCUGCACAGAGAAGCAGCUAAGGGAUGAGCACCUACCCGCCUUUCUGAACAUUUACUACGAUACGCUGAGCCAGAAACUUGGUUCCUGCGAUCUGACAGCGGACGAUAUCUAUCCGCGCAGCGUCUUUGACCGUCAAUUACAGCUCUUUGGUGUAUUUGGCUUGAUUAUGGCAGCAUUUUCCUUGCCCUUCUUCAUAUCCAGUGCCAGCGAAGUGGUCAACAUUGAUGAAGUCUCCGAGGCCAUUCAGGAUCUGUCUGCUUCGGCCACGGAUGCCCCCAAGUGCCGCGAGCUUGUCGAAGAGUUUGAUAUGCUCAACGAGCGCACAUUGCCCAUUUUCAAGCGACGCAUGACCGAUGUUGUUCGGGACCUGAUCAAGUACAAAAUGACCCAGCCACUUUAUCAAUUCGAUUCGUGAUGAUGAUUUCUGUUAACAGUAUUAGGUAUUAUUGUGUAUAUGUAUGUAUGGAUGUACUUAA